AUGUUGUUGGUUAUGCUACUUCUGAGUCUGGUGGCUGGUUCCCUGUCGCAGGAACUCAUCCAGAAUGGCGGCAUGGAGAGUAAGAUGGGGUGGUCUUGUCCUGGUGGGACUUGCUCCUUGACGAACACCCGACACGGGGGGAGUAAUGCCAUAAAAGUCAGCGGAAGCGUCAACACCGCUGGAAAUAUCAACGCGACCGAUGUGGAGAUUAAGAUAAUUCAGUUGAAGAAGUCAUUUCCGUUUGGUACAUCCAUUGGGAGGUACCAGGAUUUCAUACAUGCACAUUUCAACUGGGCCGUUCCAGAAAACGAUUUGAAGUGGAAACCUGUGGAAAAGAGAAGAGGCAGAAUCAACUAUCGCAGACCGUUGAAUGUCCUCAAGAAAUUGAAAAGUAAUGGAAUUAAAAUCCGUGGUCACAGUAUCCUGUGGGCGGUCGACAAGCGCGCGCCGAAAUGGAAACUCCUAGAACACUGGGAUGUAAACAAUGAGAAUCUUCAUGGAUUCUUCUUCCAGCACGGUGUCCAAGACGCCACAUACAACCUGGAGAUCUUCAACAUAUCGCACCAGACCGCACCCAACGUCAAGAUGUUUCUCAACGACUACGCUGUCGUGUCCAGGGUCGACUCUUACGGGGCCUACCUCACCCAAGCUCGUCAGUUCAAGGCGGCGGAUGUUGGACUCUACGGACUUGGUGCCCAGUGUCAUUUCCAUGGCGGAUGGAUCCCGGAUCUUAAAAUCAUUAAGAACACGAACGAGACUGGUCGAGCGGAUAUGUACGAGAAGCUAGUCCGCGUGUUCUACGCACAUCCUGCCGUGGAGGGAAUCAUGUUCUGGGGGUUCUGGAGUGAAAAACACUUCCAGAAAGACACCGCUUCCCUCGUCAGCGGUAAAGAGUUCAGGGAGAGUGAAGCUGAGCAUUUAAAUCGAGUUUUAUUUGAUGAGUUUAAUAUUAAUAAUCUGAAGACGUCUAUAGUAGAUGUUCUUGUAAAAGUCAAAUCCUUAGUUUGCUAUGUUAGUAGUCGUGCGCUCGACAGAGGUGCGCUCGCCAGAGGUGCGAUCGACAGAGGUGUGAUCGAUGGUACAAUCAACUAA